AUGCGAGCAAAUUCCUCAACUAUUUCUCAGUCGGAAAAGGAUCUUGUGAUGAUUGAGAAUGAAGCGCUACACAAGCGUAUAGUUGCACUAUCACUUGAGCUGAAGGCAAAGGAUGACAAUAUAGAUAAGCUCACCACCGUGAUACAUGCGAUACAGGCAAAGAACGCAGAAAACACGGAAAAGCUGUCUGAGCUGAGCAACGCAGAGAUAAAACGAGGAAAGUCUGUGCAAGAUUUCUUUGAAACACUUCACACAGAGGACGAGAAGAAGAUUGACAUUCUACAAGCUCAGUGUGCCAAGUACAUGUCAGACUCUAGCGCUUUCCGCCUUGAGCUGGACAGAGUGCUUGCGCGAUAUGCGCCGCUGCAUGUCGAAUUGAAGAAUAUGAAAGAAGCCUAUGCGAAGUCAAGAGAAACGAACAAGCAGCUAGAGGACAAGCUGCAAAAGCUGUCGGAACAGAUCUCUGAUUACUGCCAAGGGAAGUCCGUGAAUGUUGAGGAGGAGAAGCAGAGAGCGAGGGAGGAGAGAACACAGAACAAGAACCACACAGAGAACAAAGAGGCCUUUGACAUGGGAGAAGAUCCUGCCAAGAAGGACGAGCAAGACCCACAAAAACAUCAAGAAGAGUCUGGGGAAUGA